UUUCAUUGGUUCUGCCGAAAGUAGCACGUAUUUUACGCGCGUGGGAUCAUUCGCCUCCGAUAAUUCAGUUAAAUUAAAUUAAACAAGUAAUUGAAUUGUAGUAAUUCAUUAUCGAAUCGGAGCAGCACUUCUGCACACCUUUGAGCAGCAGGAUGAUGCAGGCAGGAGUCUGUCUGAGACAGGACACUGAGACAACACUACCAGAGCUCACUGAGCAGCACAGGAUCAGACUGAAAGAAGAGGAACUCAGUGGACUGGAGUCAGAGACAGAGUGUGCUGCACCAAGACUCAACACACUGGAGCCAGAGUGUGUUACAGCACACAGCGGGGUCAGUGAUGUACACCACACACACACAUCAGUGAUAAAAACAGAAGCCGAUCUGGGCUCCACCCACACUGGGGAUCUUAUUAAGACAGAGAGCCCUGAAAGGACAGAGCUGGGAUAUGUGACCCAUCUGCAUCCUGACCAAAUCAAAACAGAGGCUGAAGAUGGAGGAUACCAUAAGGCAGAACACAUCAGUGACUUGCAGGAUAUUAAAUGUGUUGAUCAAAUCAACUGUGAAUCUAGCGAUAGUUUAGUGAGUGAACUCAUGAGUACUGCGAUUAAAUGUUCUCAGUGUGGGAAGUGUUUUUCCACAAUAUCUCAUUUAAAUAUCCACCAAAGAACUCAUACAAUUGAAAUGCCAUACAAAUGUACUGAGUGUGGGAAGGGUUUUUCCCAAAAAAGAUCUUUAAAUUUCCAUAAGAAGAUUCAUGCAGGUGAAAAGCCCUACAAUUGUCCUCAGUGUGAUAUGUGCUUUGUCACUAUAUCUCAUUUAAAGAGCCACCAGAGAAUUCAUACAGGUGAAAAACCCUACAAAUGUACUGUGUGUAAAAAGUGUUUUUCUAGAGCAUCUACUUUAGAAGAACACCAUAGAUUUCAUACUGGUGAAAAGCCCUACAAAUGUGAUUCAUGUGGGAAGUGCUUUUCUACAGUAUCUAGUUUAAAUCGCCACAAGAGCAUUCAUACACGUGAGAAGACAUUGAAAUGUGUUCAGUGUGGGGAGUGUUUUUCUGAAACAAGGGCUUUAAAUUUCCACAAGAUGAUUCAUGCAAGUGAAACGCCUUACAAAUGUUCUCAGUGUGGAAAGUGCUUUUCCACACUAUCUAAUUUAAAUAACCAUAAGCUAAUUCAUGCAGAUGAAAAGCUCUACAAAUGUUCUCAGUGUGGAAAGUGCUUUUCCACAAUAUCUAAUUUAAAUAACCACAAGAGAAUUCAUACAAAUGAAAAGCUCUACAAAUGUUCCCAGUGUGAUAAGCGUUUUCCUAGUGCAUCUAUUUUAAAUAGCCACCAAAGAAUUCAUACGGUUGAAAAUCCCUACAAAUGUGAUUCAUGUGGGAAGUGCUUUUCUACAAUAGCUAGUUUAAAUCGCCACAAGAGCAUUCAUACACGUGAGAAGACAUUGAAAUGUAUUAAGUGUGGGAAGUGUUUUUCUGAAACAAGGGCUUUAAAUUUCCACAAGAUGAUUCAUGCAGGUGAAAAGACCAACAAUUAAUAUUCUCUGUACUCAUUUAAAUAUUGAUCAGCAUGUUCGUAUUCAUAUUCAUGUUUAGAUGGAUGAAAUUGCUGACCUUUCAGUGUGUUUUAUACAAAAUAUUUGUUCCAUACACUGCUGAGAAUUCACACACAUGUUUUUUUGGUUUGUUUGUUUCUCUCUUGUCUAGCAUUUGCUAAAAUUGCCAGCAGUGAAAUUAUUCUGGUGAAAAACCAUACAGGGACUUUUCCACAGAGCCUUCUUAUGAAAGUAGCACUACAGGGUAAUGACUACUAAAAUACACAAAUUCAGGUAUCUAAAAUUGUAACAAACCUUCCCCCUGUGAUUCUCCAUGCUGAUUAUAUUUUUAAAAAAUCACAAUGACUGGAGCAAACUAGGAUCCCAUUUUUUCCUUUUUCAUUUUUUUAUUUUUUAUCCUUGCCUUUCGCCCAAUGUAUGCUGGGAUAGGCUCCAGCCCCCCUGAAACCCUGUUCAGGAUGAGCAGGUUAGGAUAAUGAAUGAAUGAAUGAAGUAGUUAAUAGUUAUCCUUUAGACAAAGUAAUUUAGGUUUAGAUUUUUGUAGACUGAAGGCUAAUAUUUAGAAAAAUUGUAUCUUGAUAUUUUCAGCAUUGUAUCUUGUUUAAAAAUGUGAACUGUUGGGAUAUUGUGUUGGAAGAAACAUGGUAGUGUGUAUUGCAAACAUGUAUUCUGCAAAGAAAAUUGACAAUACUACCCUUCAUUUAUUUUUAUUUUUGAAUGCUUUUUAUGAGUUGUAUUGUGUGUCUGCUAAAGCUGAUGAUUAUACUACAGACAUGUUUUAUCUCAAAACUAUUUUUCAAUGUUCUAUAUAAAUUGUGUGUGAAGUGAUUUUACAUUGUGCACAUACCAAGUUGGCCUUCAUACCAUGUAGAAACCACUGAAUACGUUUCUGUAUGAACUACCUGAAUCUGUGUCAUUGCUUU